UAUAAACUUUUAGAAAAGAAUGCUGGCUGUAAAAGCUCUUUCACAUUUGAACACGAGGAAUACAUUCAAAAUCUACUUGACGAGGAUUCUCAGCUUUACACUGAAGAUGUUAUUAAUAACUUAUCUAAACAUUUUAUGGAGGUCUCUAUUUCUAAAACGCAACUUAUCCAUCGCUUUGAGAAACAACAUACUAGUGCCAAUCAAAAAGCCUACAUUUGGACCCCUAAACCAGAAGCUCUGUCAGCUAUUAUUUACAGACAAAACACGAAUGGUUCAUGGAAUGGAAAGAGUCUGAUUUAG